UGUCUGCCAAUAAAGGAAAGCGAGAGGGAGCAGUCGAUUUCUUCACUGAUUGCAAGCACUGUGAAAAUUUGCUAGCUUGAAUUGAUACCGGCAACAAGUGCGGCGUUGCGCGCGAUUUUCACAGGCAUUGCAAAGUAGACCAAACAAGGUGAACCGGAAACAUGUACCUGGCUACUAAAUCAACAGGCUCGCGUGUGUUUUAGGACUCGUGUUUGUUGGUGUAAGCGCGACACCGAAGUCAUUGAUGGACCACCUGACUGUCCAGCUGCUGGAAGGUUGAUAUUGCAAGAUGUAGUUUUGCCUGAACCACACCAGCAGACAUCACUUCAUCUGACAUCAUUUCAUCUGACAUUAAUGUGAAGGGAUUUCUCUUUGAAUUGCAUUUUUGUGGAUGAUGACCUAUUUCAAGAAACUGAAUCUUUUUUGUUGACUGUAUUUACAGGCAGCCUGCAUGUAUCAAAAUACCUGCAUUUAUCAAAAUACCUGCAUUUAUCAAAAUACCUGCAUUUAUCAAAAUACCUGCAUUUAAAAAACUUUCAGUGGCAGCAUUGGAUUGUUUGACCUUCUUUUUAAAUUACAACCCAGCCAAAAUUAUUUUUAAAAAGGACUUUAGAAAAAAAAACAAAGUACAAGAAAGCAUUUUUUUAAAUUACCUGGCCAACAAUGUCUAAUGACGAUAUUGCGAACAGCCAAUGAGACGAAAGUUGCAAAACAAGGACUUGAGACUCGCCUGAAAGUAAACACGGGAAAACGCCUAUGAUUUCUCGUACACGUUCUGCUAGCCAUUAAUUUACGCCCACGCCUAAGGACGUAACUUGGACAUCGUUUUCCAGCCGUUCGUAAUCAAUCGACAUUCAGGACGCCCACAGUAAAGAGGUCUAGUUCAAUUCUAAGACUCUCUUAGUCUAUGUUUCAAUUUACUUUUACUAUUUAUUUGUUUACCCCAAUCGUAUAGUAGCGUGACUUGAAGAUUUAGUUCAUCACUCAUUUAAAAAACAAUUUACUGAAGCCAAAUUUCUCUAUAUUUGUUUAUCAACUCUACAUUUGACUCACUGCUGACCGGAAAUCGCAUACACUUUUCUUUUUCGCUUUAAAGGACCAUAAUCGAGUAUUGUGAUACAGGGAUUUAUUUUUAAUGCCACGUACAAAAGUAAUGUAGAGGGACAAACACUGGACACAACAAACGUGUGAGUGGCACUAUCAACAUAGCGUAUUUUGAAAUUUUAAUAGCAUUUCAUCGAACACUAAAACAAAAAACACUGACCAGUAUAUUUGUUUAAACUAAUGUGUUAGUUGAUCAAUGAUGAAACUCCAGUGUUUAUUCCCAAUAAUUAACUGCAGUGUUUCUUCUCAAUAUGUACACGAAGCUCAAAUGAUCUAAGUGCAAGCAUAUCAGUAACCAGAUUAAAACAUGAAGGAGUACGAUAACCCGCUGAAUGACAUAACUCUAUUUAUGCCAGAUGAAGUUCCGUCCCCUUUGGACCAGAAAAAUGAUUUUAUUGAUAUUGCAGACGUUUGCGAUGAGUUUGAGUGGGAUCCUUCCAUUGCCGGCUUGUUCAACUUCAACGAUGACAUUGUCAUGCAGGACUAUCUCUUUUCCAGGGGAACAGGAUUCGGCUGCCCACUACACCCUAACGGACGAGGCAGCUUGAGCACAGUCCCAGGGUCCCGGAAGAGGAAAUACAGAGAGUUCGAUUCGCUAUUUGAAUCAGAUGAAAGCGAGACAGAGUCUCAAAAUUGCGGACCUCUUCCUCAUGUGGAGGAAGCUUUCGGGGUGAAUAUUAAAACAAACAACAAAUUUUCCGACGCGCACAUCUACCAUGAAAGUACUGAAGCAAACAGCAGUCCGCCUUGCGGGACGAGCGGCUACGACUGUGGCAGUGACUUGUUGUACACCAGCUGUGACAGCAGCUGCUCGAGCCUAAGCGAAUGUAGCGUCAUAGAUUUGAACGAGUGGUCUGCGGGGAAAGAGGAGGAUAAAGAUAUGGUUGUUCUUGGGGUUGACAUCUCCAACCUGAUGCACGACUACGCCUUGAAGUCUCCUGUUAACCAAACCACGUUGCCUGUCUCGACCAAGUCUCGACAACCACAGUCUCGACAACCAACCAUUAGCUUCAACCAGGCACCCACACUGUUGUAUGACCCUCAAAAAGCACACAGUUGCAUGUACGCCACCAUGUCCACCCCAUCUCCAUCCGUUGAGAGAAUAAUCUUGACCCCGGGGAAGUCCAUUCUAAAGAAAUCCAGUCUGCUGAGCAACAAGGUAAACUCAGACAGCGUCGGACAAAAGCUACCUGCCGGGGCUGGACAUCGUAUGAUGACCACAGGGAUCGACCCUAUGCUCUGCACCUACCAGGCCAAUAACAUUUCCGCAUCAUCGCCUUCGGGAAACUCCAGUUCGACCAGCUCUCUGGACAGUUCCACCUCCGCGCCCCCUGCCCUUGCAAGCCAGACUGGGGGGAAGUCGGAGGAAAAGAUCUACCCUUGUACCUACCAGAACUGUAACAAAAUCUACAGCAAGAGCUCGCAUCUAAAGGCACACCUGAGGAGACACACGGGCGAGAAGCCGUUUCACUGCUCUUGGCCCGACUGUGGCUGGAAGUUCUCCCGCUCGGAUGAGCUGGCCAGGCACAAGAGGUCCCACUCUGGGGUCAAGCCUUACAAAUGUGACAUCUGCACCAAAUGUUUCAGCCGCUCGGACCAUCUAGCGAAACACAGAAAAGUUCAUCGGAAAAAUAGGUAAAAAGUAAGAUUCCAUGCUUAGUGAUAAUUGUUUAGACCAGAUAUAUCGUCACCAAUGUAGUGUACUAAGCAUUCCAUAGGAAAUAUUGGUAAACACAGUAUUAUGUCGGCAUCCCAUAGUGUCUAUUAAUAUUUCUAAUGUAUUUUUUUGAAAAUAUCAAUUCAAUCUUUCUGUCUGUCUGAUACAAAUUUUAAGCACGUUUUUUCUCCCACUUCCCAUUCUCGGAUGAAGUUGAAACUUUGCACAAACGAAUCAGUCAAAAAAAUUAACCACUUAGUUAAUUAAAUAGUGGUAAUAAACACAUUUGGUUUGAUAUCGAAAAAGGAAAAAAAAAACAUACGAUAUAUAUCUAUCUGUAAAUGUGGAGUUCUUCUCCCCUACUGACCCUUUUAUUAUUAUUAUUAUUAUUAAACUAUGUAAAUUCUGUGUUAUGUUUUAAUUAGGCCAAAAUGAAUGUUUAGUACAUGGGCGGUAGCUGAUUCUUAUAUUGAGUAAUUUAUUCAGACAAACCAGAAUGAAUGAUUCACGAGUAACUCCUGUCUUAGAGUUAGUGCCCUUUGCUUUUCAUCUUUUUUUUUUCUAAAAAGUAAGUCUGAACCUCGUUGUGAAGGCUACAAGUCACAUGGUCAUGUAGUGACCUCGGGUAAACAAAUCAAGGACACACGUGUGGUAUAGUUUGAUUAAUGCUGUGCUACUGACACACGCAGACAACGAACACACAUAAUAAUCAUAGAUACACACACGUAACACACGCACACCUUGCACCCAGUAACACAUUGCUUUCGCCAAAAAAAAAUAUUUCAUUUUCAUCAAACCGUAGAGUUACAUUUGAAAAUAAACUCGCAAAUUUAGAUAGGUCAGAGGUCAAAUGAUUUGCCGCCGCACCGAGAGGUCUCGGGUUCGAAUUCCGGUGAAGACUGAGAUUUUGAAUAUCGUGAUUUUAGGAUGCUCUUUGUUUACAUAAGUCUAAUGCGUACCUGACAUUAGUUGGGCAAAAUAAAGGCAGUUUAUUUUGUGCUGGCCACAUGCCACCCUCAUGAACCGUCGGCCAGAGACACAUAUGUUCUUUGCUUCGUCUGCCCUACAGGUUGCAGCGGCGGCCGUAGCAGUUGUCGGGUCCCGUGGCGAGUGUCAUAUCGCACGUGACAAAAGGACAAUAGAUUCUCUUUAUCGCGGGGCACCCAAAAGGCGCUGGUUCUGCUCAUUCGCCACCCCCAAAGGCCGCCACUGGAAAGAUCUGAGGGUUGAUUUUUUUUUCAACAAACAGACACUGGUAUGAACUGUUUUUCCAUCCCGUAAAAAAGGCUUUAUUUGAUUUAUAUGACUGUCCCCAAUCGGAAAUAACCCAGCUCCACAAAUCAAUGUGAAUGGCCAUCUCCUAAAUGUUGUUGACCUCUUUACCUACCAGGGAAGCACAGUGUCCAACGAUGCGUCACUGUCCAGGGAAAUAGACAACCGUCUCGCCAAUUCGCCCGCAUAGAGGAAAGUAGUUGGCAGCAGAUGGCCCCUGAAAGAGACAGUUGGAGAGCUCUCGCAAAAGCUGCAGGACAAACAUUUGAGACCCAAAGGAAAGCCUUCAUUGAAGACAUGAGCAUAGUACGGGAAGAAAACUUAAAUAAACCGUCGGCGGACAACGGCUUUGUCUGCAUGAGAUGAAGAAAAAUAAGCAGGUCACAACUGGGUUUGCGUAGCCAUGUCUCUGCAGUCAUCCUUAAUCUUCGGAAACUAAGACAUUGCCAUUAUGUCUGUCUAGGUGUCUGUCGCCUGUAUCGUGCUAAAACUGAUGCAGAGGCUACCUUUGAUCGAAUUCUUUUCUUUUAAAACUGAAACAUUCCAGUAGACAAUGUGUCCGUAUUUGUCACAUAAAUGUCAUGAACUUUGUUAAGUUAAAUGCAUGCUCUGUGGUGAAACAUCUUCCGAAAGCGCGCCCUCAUUAUAAUUCCUCAAUUCAGCUUGCAAAUUCAUCACCUCUGAAAUCUGGGUGGGUGGACACAUCUCUCGAAAUAGGCUCUUUUUUUUUUUUACAUAUUUUUGGGAAAAAAAUUAAUAGCUAUUUAAAAAAAAAAACUAUACUUAGACUUAGACCAUCAUAAUUUUUUUCAUAGUAUAAAAUGAUGAGUUUAAAUUUGGCUACAAGACAUUUUAUUCUUGCACAGACCACGUCUUCGGGUAUUUCCGUAUGAAUGCGAUAUUCAGAGUUUAAUACAUUAAUACACGUAUCCGAGAAUCAUUAUUUGCACUGGUAUAUACUAUCUGGACUAAUACGUCAUUUAGCUUAGGUUCUUAUGAAGUCUUAAAUCGCUGCAGUACAUUAUAGUUUCAACCUAUGCUUGACUUGAUAUACUAGUCAAAUACAUUUGCAUGCAUACGCUGUAAAACCAAUAGGAUCGUGUGAAAUUGUUGAGAUCACCUAUAUUUAUUGACACAGUCCCGCAUAUGUACAUAACACACUUCCUUGUUUUGUAAUCAUAAUAGAGGCGUCCGUAUUGGUUAAAAAAAAUCUCUAUAUAAUAUAAACACCAAUUUGUAGACCAACAUAAUAAUUUGAUAGCCCUGAACAUUCGCUAUCACAUCCUGCCUUCCCAACUUACUUAUACGUUUGGGCAUACGAAUUAGUUGACUUCUUGAGCUAGUCACGAAUUAGUUGACUUCUUGAUCUAGUCAGUAUGUUAAUCCGUAGAUAAUUGCUGGAUUUUUUUGUCUUCUGUCGAAAACAAAACACAACGCAACACUUAAUUGAAAACAAAUACUCGUGGGACAGUAACACACUGACAGAGAGACCAAAGACAUUGUCACACACACACACACGUACACACACACACACACACACACCAAGUCUUCACACUUGUGCACUGCCCCACACACACGUACACACACACACACACACACCAAGUCUUCACACUUGUGCACUGCCCCACACACACGUACACACACACACACACACACACCAAGUCUUCACACUUGUGCACUGCCCCACACACACGUACACACACACACACACACACACCAAGUCUUCACACUUGUGCACUGCCCCACACACACGUACACACACACACACACACACACCAAGUCUUCACACUUGUGCACUGCCCCACACACACGUACACACACACACACACACACACACCAAGUCUUCACACUUGUGCACUGCCCCACACACACGUACACACACACACACACACACACCAAGUCUUCACACUUGUGCACUGCCCCACACACACGUACACACACACACACACACACACACCAAGUCUUCACACUUGUGCACUGCCCCACACACACGUACACACACACACACACACACACCAAGUCUUCACACUUGUGCACUGCCCCACACACACGUACACACACACACACACACACACCAAGUCUUCACACUUGUGCACUGCCCCACACACACGUACACACACACACACACACACACCAAGUCUUCACACUUGUGCACUCUGCCCCACACACACGUACACACACACACACACACACACCAAGUCUUCACACUUGUGCACUCUGCCCCACACAACGUCGUGGUAUCUUGUAAAAUAAAAUAGGAACUUUUUUUAAAAAAUGCUUCAGUGUACUUUUGAGUUUCACGAGCACAAACUGACAUGUAGCACGAGCACUGACAUAUAGGUAGCACUAUAACUGACAUACAGGCAGCACUAUCACUGACAUACAGGUAGCACUAUCACUGACAUACAGGCAGCACAACAUUAACAUACAGGUAACACGCUCACUUACAUUCACAUGGAUUAACAUACAGGAUCUAAAAAAAAGCCCCUAUUAAAUAAGUAUCAUAAUCAAUGUCAUACAGGUAGCAGAUCCAUGACAUGCUAGCAAAACACUCACUAACAUACAGAUAGCAUGGUCAGUGUCAUACGGGUAGCACUACAAUUAACUCACAAGCAGUUUCACCACUGACAGGGCCCGACGUAGAUAAUCGGAGGCCCAAGGCGAAGCGAAUUUGGUGUCCCUAAACGAAAUAGAAAAAAAAAUAAACAUCGAAAAAAUACAAUUGCGUAAUUGAUUCAAAACCUAGUGUACUCCAAAGAUAACAUUGGGCACAACAAGUUUCUUCUCUAAAAAUUUGUUUUGAGUCCUGCGUGAGGCCACCACCGAUUGGAGGUCCUGUGUGGCUGCCUAGUUUGCCUAUACCUAAUGCCAGCCCUGACAUGCAUGUGACGCAUACAAAACGAGUUAUUCUUGACUUUAUUGUUCGAAAUACCGUCUUUUUAGUUGUCUGUGUCUUUUUUUUUUAUUCAUGCACUAAAAAACCCCAAUACCCCAAGUCUUUUAUUUAUUUAUUUGAAGUUUUUUUGGUGAAAUAGAAAGAUGGGGAAAAAAAAUUAUUGGAAACCAAAUGAAUGUCUUAAGUAACAUUACGCCUCAACCCCCCCCCCUUCCGCAAUAUGCCCCUCCCACAACUCUACCCCUAAAUCUUAUCUCCUUUUGCCCUUUCCCAUAGCGUAAAGGGAAAUAAUCUGUCCGCCCUUUUUUUUUUUUUUAAAGCUUAUAUCAACUGUCUGUCUGCAUGUCUGUCUAGUAAAAAGUUUGUACACGUAUUUUCUCCCACACCUAACCUCGGAUCAAGCUGAAAUUUUGCACAAUUAUUUCUUUUACCUGACAACACAAGAAUCAAUAAAAUAAAUCACUAAUUAGUUUAUUAACUAUUGGUAAUAGAUUAUUUUGUUUGUUAGCUUUAAAAAAGGGAAAGAAAUCGUACUUGAUACGUGUGGUGGUAUAAAUUGAAUUAGUGUCCAUGAAUAAUUUUGAGACCUGAGUGAAACCUUUUUAUGCAUUCAAAAAAAAAAAACAACAACAACAAGAACAAAAAAAACAACAAACAAAAAAACAUGCAAACAUUCACCAAGGUACCCCCUUCUUCCCUUCCCCUUUCACAACUGGUCCAGACAAGUGAUAGAGUCAUAGCGUUCUGAGAUAGCUAAGGCUAAACAAAAACAACCAGUUAAAAAUAUUUCUGUCGCCCACAUUUAUAUGUCUAGGUCAUUCUCCCAUAUACAUGUAACUACAUAACUGAUCCAAAGUAAUUGAUACAAUUACACUUAAAUAUAAGCUUUAUCUUAUUUUAUUUUUUUUAUUUUUAAGAUUUUUAUUUUUUUGUUUUUAUAAAUACUGACCCGUACCUCCUUCUUUAAGAUAAUAUACUUCCUAUUAUCACACAAUAAACUUAACAUUCGGGGGCUAAUUACCUUGGGGCACCUCUCUUGUGCCCGGCUUAGCCCCAAAGCUGUGAUUUACCUUGUAAGUAUGUCUGCUUACUGACACGUCAAAUAUGUCACACAGUACGGCCUCCUGGGACGAGCUUUGUUAUCAUGGUCAUGGCUAAAAGAUUGCAUUGUUUACAUUAAGUGUCGUCAUUCCUCAACGCAGCGGUUCUCGAGUUCUCAUUCUGGCCCUUCUCCCUACUGAUCUGUAAAUCAUCGUAAUGAACUUUAAACAAAUUAACUUCAGUGCAUUUUCUUACAAAGUAAUGAAUUUUAAAAAAAAAGUCUUAGAUUUUGAAGACAAUUUUUUUUCAAUCAAAUGUUUAAGACGUCGUCCUAACCCUAUGUAAAGGAGUAUCAUCACUAUAUCCGAAGUGUCAUAAUUUUCACUAUUAGUGUUUGGAUGACAUAGAGAGAAAAAAAAACACAUACAGAUCUCUCUAAUAAAACAAGCUUAAUACACUGUUGCUGCAUUGAAUUCACGACCGAAUCUAUUGCCUGAUUUCUCACAUUUCUUAUUCCAUAUUGUAGGACAAAUUUAAAUGUGUUGACCUUAUUCAGUUGUAGAAUGAUUUAGGUUCGUUUCGUACAUCAUGUAUCUGUAGGGCACUGGCGGAUCCGAAAAGAGGGGCGGGCGAAUUUUAGUAGAAAAAUUACAUAAUUUGUAUGGGAAUUCUUCCUUUAUGUGAAUAAUGUAUACUAAAUAUGUAUCUUUUGACCUAUUUUUACAUUAUGUCAACCCCCCCCCCCUCUAGUAAGUUGGCCGAUUUGGUUAGGUUGGGGGGGGGGGGAGAACAAUUGAAUCAAUACCGUUCCCCAACCCUAAACUUUCGAUCGUCCCGGGUUAAUACCCUACACGCUGGCAUCCUCCGCCGUCCUGCGAGAGGUUUUGACUAGGAAGUAAACUAUCUCCAUAUCUAAAGGAACACUCGGGACAUGUAAAACAUUUAACAAACAGUCUAACGCAAUUAGAGGCACCAAACCCAUUGACUUAGUAGAAUCUAAAAUUAACAUAUGUAUACUCGUAUGACGUGAUAAUCUUCUAUUUAGACCAGCGUCUGUAACUAAUUAGAUAAGUUAAGUAUUUGAUUGGCUGGUCUCCCACUAUCUACAAAGUCUACAAAGUACUAUUCAUAUGAACACAUUUUGUGAUGAUGUCAUCCUGAAGCUUUCUUGGAACAAAUAAAAUAUAAAAAUGUGUCCUUGGUUUUUUAAAAGAGAAUUCCUCGUUUAGAAAGCUGAUGACUUAAUAUGACAAUAUUAAAAUAAAGAUUUUGGUCUGGUGAUAGGCUUAUAGAUCUAGACUUUUAAAUUUUCCUGAACACGUCUAGUUAGUUAUUUCACUCUUUAACGAAGACAUGCGGGAAUACCCGCUGACGUGUGUGUGUGUGUUGAAGAUAAAUCCCCCACCAGGUCAGAAUUAUUAUAUUAUACUUUAAAAACUAUAUCGUUCAAACCAGAGUUUCCCUUUGUGGCCAAUAAGCUAUUAAUUCUAUUCCAAAAGAAAUACAUAAACUGUCAAAAUUCGAGGAAUGUCGUUAGAGCCGUUUUCGAGAACCAUGUUUGUUUUUUUGUCUCCGACCUUUUGUUUCUUACAAUGAAGAAUUGGCAAGCUGAGAAGAGGAAUUGUAAUUAAAAAAGAAAUAACACCUAGUCGUUUAUUUUAUUUUGUUUCUAUCAUUUGGAAAAAGAAAAGGGGGGGGGGGGGUUCUCAGGGAAUAGGUUGCCAGCCUGCAUCAUAGAUCUAGCCACUUGAACCAUAUUCGGGAUAUUUCAAAUUAAGUUUUUAGUGCAAGCCAAGCAAUCAAAGUACAGACAUGAUUGUCGUUCCCACUAGUGUAGACCACUGGACACAUCAGUGUAUGCAUUGGGAAUGAACGAACAGAGGUCAAACGGUGUCUAAAAAUGUGCAAAACUGACCUGAUUCUGCACACACACACACACAAUAUGAACACUCUUACGCAACGGGCUACUUUUCCAGCUCGCAGGCAGCACACUUGACAGUUUAUUUAUAGUCCGUGUAGUGGCAAUCAGGUUGAAUAAGUGUGACCGUCUCGUAGCAAAAAGAGCCAUCAAGUAGACUCUAGAGAUGUUAUUAUUAAGGGUUAUUAUCAUUAAAGGGAUAUUCUUAUUAAUAUUUAAAAAAAAAACAACAACAAACAAGCAAGAAAGCUCCCUCAUAAUUCUAAAUUACAGCCGUUUUCUCAAAGAAAAAUAAUUAAGCGUAUCCAUGCGUGGAUUUUGCAGUGCAUGCUAUGGACUAGGGCUCUGCUUUGUCGUAUUAGGUGAUUCAUGUAGCGCUGAUUUCAUGAUUGGGGGAGUUACUUCGGUUAACCUUUCGUAGCUGAUCUUCCUCGUUUAGUAACAUAUAAGUUUUUUAUUUUUUUUUAUUUAUUUAAAUUCUUAAUAGUUUUGUUUGUUCUCCUAUUACAAGGGUAAUAAAUAUAUUUAUAUAUAUUUUAAAAUCCUGUUUUAAGAAUGGUUGAUAUUUAUGCACAUAGAUUAAUUACAUUUAAAACAAUUACAGUAUGUUUUUAAAAAGAUUAUGAAACCAAUGCACCUCUCCAGAGCAUAAUGAAAACCAAUGUUACAAUCUGGAUUUUGUAGUAGCUCUGUCAAAUUAUCAAUGGCAAACAGCUAAAAACAAAAAAAAAAAGAAAAAAAAAAGGGGGGGCUUUUUCCCUUACGUAGGCUACUCAAACAGCCUAUUUUUCAAUGGCUAACUAUGAGGUUGUCAUCUCUCUUGUCUACAAUGACGUGUAGGCCUGGCCUGUAACAGCACGCACAAUGUAGAGUACCAGGACCAUCUAACACAGUGACGCAAUAUUCAUACAAAGUACGACGAGAUGGUUCAUAAAUCACCUUGCUGACCUUCCACCGUCCCUCCGCCAGAUAAUAAACUUUAAGAGUCACUACUGGCUCUGUUCCCAGAGGUUCUCAUUUCGUAAAGCUGUGGCGGGCUCAUUACAUCAUUACAUCAUUUUAUCAAUUAAAAAUUAUGUUUAACUUUUUUUUUGUUCCAAUCCUAUUCGUUCUUUUGAAAAAGGAUUACUUACUAGCAAAAGGUCGGGUAUAAGCAAUACUGCAGACAUUAUGUCUGUGUCUGGUGUUUAAUUUUCUGUCUGCCAUAUUUUAAGCAGCGUUAAUUUUAUGAGUUAAAUCCUUAUUUUUUUUAAAUUUAUUUAUGUGCAGGCAUAAUUUUAUUUUCAAACACAUUCUUAAUCGGAUAUACCAUUUUUAUACUCCUCGAUGAAUCCUUUAUAUUGGAAGGCUGCCUGGUCGUGUGGUGUUCCCUCAGGACUGUUGUCUCUAUGCUGUUGAGGUCGAACCCUGCCACUCGCCUUUUUCCUGCCGUCAUUUAAUUAAAGGAAUGUCCGAAAAAUAUCAAAUUAAAAAAAAAAUUAAAGCAAGUCACAUAAUAUAAUUUGAGUAAAAAUAGAUCGGAUCUCACUCGUUUUUUGUCUCUCUCUCUCUCUCUCUCUCUCUCUCUCUCUCUCUCUCUCUCUCUCUUUCUGUCUCUUUCUCUUUGUGUUUAAUUCACACUCAUAGCGACAUGACACACUGCCUCACAUACAAAAAACAAUGAAAUAACACCGAAAUACAUGAGAUUUCUAUGAGAAAGAGCCCUGGCGUAAGUGCCGUAAUCUAAGAACAAGUGUGAUAUAGAGCAGAAUUAUUUUCUGACACCAUUUUUGUGUUUCUUGUUUUUUAAUUUCUAUACUUUUCAGUUUUUUUUUUUUUUUUGUCCUACUUAAUAGUAUUGUUUACUAUCCUUACUAUUUUUUAAAGAAACUCUCUCUAUCUCUCUCUCUCUCUCUCUCUCACUAGUAACUCACUACUUAUUAAUAUUAAUAUAAAUAUAUAUGUGUUGUUAUAGUUUUGUUAAUAUUGAUAGAAUAGUAUAUAUAUAUGUAUGUCUUUAUAUUGUUUUAACAUUCCAAUUUUAUAUAAAAAUUAUAUAAUUUUAAAAACGAUUUUAUUAUUUUUUAGAAUGUUAGUUAUGGGGCCUUGUAAUAAAUUGUUAAAAAAAGAGGCCUUACGUUAGUUUUGAAAAUAAUAACUAUUUAAAUGACAUCAAGAUUAUUUUUUGAAGUGUCUAUACUGUUUUGUUAUUUUUUUAUCUGCAUUUUGUUAUACAUAUGAGUUAACUAACAGGUACAGGUUUGUCAUCCCUUUGUCCAAUGUGAAACUUUUAUGUCAAUCUAGAGCAUACUAUUAUGCAAUUAUACAAUUAUGCAUUUAACAAUGAUUGAUAUUUUCUUUAGAGAAUAAAGAGAGAGUGAGAAAAAGAGCGCAGGACCAGAUUUAGACUUGAUAUUUCCAAAGCUCUUUGAGAUAGAGGACCCCUUGUUGUCAACAUAAAGGCAAUAACCCCUUUGUUUUUCUUCAAAAUGAUUUAAAAUACCGGUAUUUGGAGAUUGGGAUUUGAGAAAGAUGGGGGGGGGGGGGGGGAGGAGGGGGGGUUCGGCCAUUGCCUGUAGGUAAAUCCAGCCCCAACAUCACACUUUUAUAGUGCACUAAAAAUAAACAAUUUGCUAGGUUUAAGUACUUCAAGUGGACUAACGUGAGAGAGUUUGGUGCCAAAUGAUGUGCUUAGUCUGCUAUUAAAAGUCACGUCAGUGGCACAGACUUUUCGGUAUGUGUGUUUAUGUUAACUAAUGUUUUUACGACAACGAAGAAAUAGUGUGUGUGUGUGUGUUUGUUUUUUCUCUUAUUUCGAUGUUUACAUUAUUCCUCUCUCUAAAAGUAUGCACCAUUAAUCAUUGUAUUAUAUGUUCUAAUGUACAUAAUUAUAUUCAAAACACAGGUGGUUUUACAGGUGACAAAUGUGUUUAGGACUAGGAAGGCAGUACCCAAAGCGCCAUGUACCCACCUUGUUCUUCCCCAUUCCCUCUAACUUUUACAUUAAAAAAAAAAUAUGUGGAGAACAUGGACGCCAUUAAGAGAGUUCCCUAGUGGCGCCAUCUCUUUAAUCGCAUCUUUCAGUUUUCUUUCUACCACAAGUACCAAUCAAUACUCAUUCUUCUAUCUCAUCAGAAUGUGAUUAGAGAGGCGACUGCGCAUGUCUUCAUUAUGCCCCGUCGCUCUACGCAAUUUGUAUUGUAGUUUUCUAAUCGCCAUAUUCAUGUGUAAAUACUAGAAUACAAGGAAGACACUGUUUCAGUCUCUUCGCAACCUAUAUUAUAUUCAAUGUAAUAGCACUAUAUGAAACUUGUCUUUGUAAAAAAUGAAGCUAUUUUAAAGUACAUUCUUCAUUAUCCGUUUUUUAUAAGCUAUUUGAUUAUUUGACAUGUAUUCAAUGUUAUCCCGUAUUCACCAUGUUGGUGAACCCUUGUAAGAACUUUUUGUUAAUGUACUCAGUACUCAUAUAACAUACUAAUAUUGGUAAUUUGGGUUUUAAGAAAAAACCUUAUCAGUAUUAGUGUAUAGCAUUUUUUUAUUAUUAGUGUGUAAAAUGUUUGUUUAUAAUAUUUACGUAUAGUCUGACUCCAAUUCGAGGCACGCUUCUUACUGUCAUGUUUGUGACGUCAAUUUUUUUUAACUGUAUGUAUAUUUUUUAAAAAUUUUAUAUUCUUAAAAAAACUUAUAUAGAUUUUUGAGUUGGUCAUCACAAAUAGCCUUAUGAAAUAAUAUGUGCAGCUAUCUAGUUUAUAAUACAUUCCUUUUUUUUUGUUCAUUUAUAUAAACUAAGCAUGUAGUGUGUUUGAAUGCAUGGUAGUAUACUAACGGUAAUAAUGGUGAAGAAUAAGUAAUAUCUAAUAGUUAGCACUUAUAGUUGUCGAAGCAUAAAAAGUUAUUUUGAUGGUGAAGAAGUUGAAUGUAUGUCAGAAGGUGUUCUCUUACUUUGUGGUUCAUAGUUCAAAAGAAAGGUGUUGUUGACAGUGCUUUGAGUUCUUCUCACCUCUAGGUCAUGUUAAUUUAAAUAAUUAAUUCUGUCUCAAAUAGAAGGAAAGUGUCAGGGUUACCUAGUUAGACAUUAAGUACAGCGGGUUGAGUGCAAGAGCAUCAAAGAGUUGCUUUCAAAAAUCUAAGCAGACGUCACAGUAGGCAGCCUUCUCUUUGUUGUUCUCUGGGGCAGUACGAUCAGCUCCCUCCACUGAAAGGUCAUCGAUGAUACAUCUCUUGCACUUGGCCGAUCGGGUGGUGGUGUAUCUAUUGCACUUUGCCUAGCAGAUUGAGGUAAAUCUCUUGCAGGUCGCGGUACAUCUCUUGCACUUUGCCUAGCAGGUGGCUGUACAUCUCUUGCACUUUGCCUAGCAGGUGGCUGUACAUCUCUUGCACUUUGCCUAGCAGGUGGCGGUACAUCUCUUGCACUUUGCCUAGCAGGUGGCUGUACAUCUCUUGCACUUUGCCUAGCAGGUGGCUGUACAUCUCUUGCACUUUGCCUAGCAGGUGGCUGUACAUCUCUUGCACUUUGCCUAGCAGGUGGCUGUACAUCACUUGCACUUUGCCUAGCAGGUGGCUGUACAUCUCUUGCACUUUGCCUAGAAGGUGGCUGUACAUCUCUUGCACUUUGCCUAGCAGGUGGCGGUACAUCUCUUGCACUUUGCCUAGCAGGUGGCUGUACAUCUCUUGCACUUUGCCUAGCAGGUGGCUGUACAUCACUUGCACUUUGCCUAGCAGGUGGCUGUACAUCACUUGCACUUUGCCUAGCAGGUGGCUGUACAUCUCUUGCACUUUGCCUAGCAGGUGGCUGUACAUCACUUGCACUUUGCCUAGCAGGUGGCUGUACAUCACUUGCACUUUGCCUAGCAGGUGGCUGUACAUCUCUUGCACUUUGCCUAGCAGGUGGCUGUACAUCUCACUAACCCUUACAGUGGAGGUCUUUUUUUCGUCAUUUUUUUAAAUAUCAAAAUCAUGACUUCAUUUUUAGUGAUUGUAUCAGCAUAAACUUAAAUCGAUUGAAGAAAAAAUCAAACAAAAUGGUCAACAUUAGAUUCUGAAUAUAAUUGUUUUCAAAAUAAUGUAUAUGAAGCCUGUUUUUUUUUUCAUUAUGCAGUAAAACAAAAGAUUCACUUAACUCAUUUUGACUCUGAUCAGUGAUAUAUCAAAUUAAUCAUAACAAAUGCUCAUGUAGUUGACCUUUCUGAAUGUCACUUGUGUUACAUCUCCGACAGACAGAUACAUUCUCAAGCUUUCCUAUCCGCAAUAUAGUCAUAAUAAAAAAACAAAAACACUCUAAAAGCUAACUACAAGUAAAAGAAGAAAGAAAUAAAAUUAUUUUACUCAUAGUAAGACGCUUGUACUUACACAUUAAGUGUUUGUUAAUAAACUCUAUAAAGUCACAAUAAACAGCAGAGUGUUAUAAUGAUGCCGUUACUUUUUGAAACUAACGUGUCUACUACGAUUCGUAUCUAUUAUUUUUUCUAUAUAUUAUGUAGAUCUUUAUAAUCAACGAACCUUAUAGUUAAAUAUGCUAGUUACCUAGAAAGUGAUAUUGAAAAUACUACUUCCUAAAAAAAAAGUGUUUGUAACUUUGUAAUUUUUGUAAAUAGUUUUUUUUUCUAAUUUUUUGUUCAUGAUUGUUUUCUUUUUUUAAUUAAUUUUCCCCAUAUGUACAUGAUUCAAUUGUUGAUUAAUGGAUUGAUUGUUGCAUUAAUUGAUAUUUUGAUUGACGCAUUGAUAUUGAUGCGUUGAUUGAUGGGAUGUAUUGAUUGUUGUUCUAAUUGAUGUUGAAUGGUGUAUUGAUUGUGUUCUAAUUGAUGUUGAAUGAUGUAUUGAUUGAUGUUUUUUUAAUUGUUUGGUUGUUCUCUUGAUUAUUUUUUUUUAUUCACAACUAAUUAUUAUAGAAUCUUUGAUACAUGAAUUACCAAAAUAAAAUACUAUCGAAAUAAAUGACUUGAACAAAUAAAAAAAAAGAAAUAAA